AUGCACCGUGCGUUCUCGUUCCCGGUGACGGUGGAGCGCACUCGGACCAAGGAGCGUCUGGAGGCGAGUCUAGCCGGUCUGUGUGAGCUGGAGCUCCGCAAGCAGCGGCAGGAAUGCCUGGUGCUCGGGGCGCUGGCUUUGGGAGACCCCCUGCCCCAGGACACAUCCAGAGGAGAGAUGCCGUGUUUCAGCAGCUGGGGACAGGAAAACCUGACACUAAGGCGUCAGCUGAGUGCUUUUCAGAAUUCCCCAUGGGGCCUGAUGCAGGCACUGGAGCAGCAGGUGGGAGAGCUGAGGAUCGACAUUGAUGAUGGCUGCUAUGAUGGAGUUCAAGGAGAUAUGUGCGACAGUCGGCCAAGUUCUGGUUUCUAUGAGUCAAGUGAGGGUCAGUCACCGAAAGGAAGAUCUUGUUCCGCUGAGACCACAGAGAUGGCCUCUUCCUGGGCUUACACCAAUGACAGACCAAAGUCUGUGGGAGAUCCCCUCGUGGUGAAUGGAGAGGUAGAUAUGCCAGUCCUACACACCACCCUGCCCCACUCUUUCUCUUCCCCAUACCCACCACUGGAGGGCAUUGCUGAGGAGGGAACAGUAGUGGACUCCUGGGAGUGGGACACCAGCAGAGGCGACCAAACCUGGCAGCAUCAACAACAGCCUGCAGAGGACCAGUUCACCAAGGAGGACUACCAGCAGGCAUUGAGGGUGGAGGGUUACAUCCUAAAUCUCAUCCAGCGUCACACCCUCUUAUCACGGCGUUGUCAGCCUCGCACCACGCUGAGCCCCGACCCCCAAUACAGCAGUGUCUCUGGACACAGCUCCCUACACAGAAGAACUCCUUCUUUUACCACAGAGCAACGCUUUCCUGACCCCCAUCUUCAGCCCCAGGUUGACCUCUCGGCAAACCUUAAGUGCCAGGGCUGGGGUUGUGACCUGCUAGAAGGAGAGGCCCCAUCUUUGGAGGAGGACUGUUAUCUGGCUCUGCCCUACCCCCAAUCCAGGCCACACUCUCUGGCUAGGAGGCUACCAUCACCUUUGCCCUCCCUGGACUGUGUUGGGGCUCUAAACCUUUGUUGUGAACCCUCAUCCCCCCAGCAUUAUCUACAUCCACAAACCCUGAUUCAUCAGAAGCACAAUCUAGUAAGCGCUCAAUAUAUCCCUGGACAAGCCUGUCAUGCCCCUGUGUGCUCCCCCAGACACUACAACCCAGAGCAGCUUAAGCCCCACCAAGCAGCCGCCUCUCCUGACCAUCCCAAUCCCAAGUCCAGAACCUCUAAGAAAAGCCACAAUGAACGGCAGAGAUCCAAGAAAUCAAGCAGUAAAACCAGUCGAUCCCAGUCUGAGAAUAGCCUCCUAGCUCAACGGGUGCUGCCUGAGCGCAGGUACAGCACCACUGAGAGGCACCAAGGUAGAGGGGAUCCAGCUCAGAACCAAGGUCAAGUCACUGGGCUCCAGGGGGGCAACGACUCCAAUAAUGGGAGUCGACGCUGGUGCUCCAACCUAGAGCUCAGCCAGGACGAAGGGGAGACGCAUGCAGGGCAAACACAUAGACAGCCACCUCGAAAAGCUCGCCAUGGUCAUUCUUAUAAUCACUCCCAACCUCAGAAUCAUUACCAUCAGCAACAGCAGCACACCCAGCGCUGGCACUCAAACGUUCAGGAGAGAGCCCCACUUUGUCAGGGAGAAGAGGGCUAUACCGGUGCCACCCCUGCUGAGUCUGAAUCCAGCAUGAGUGAGGUGUAUUCCCCAGCCUCCAGCUCUCUGUCCAGUGACUCAGAUGAGAGUGGGGGGUUGGUGUGGCCCCAGCAGCUGCCACCUCGCCUUGCUUCUACCUCCUCCUCAUCCUCACCUUCACCACAGGCUACUGCCAAUGCCCCCUCUCAGCCAAAGGCCUUUGUCAAGAUUAAAGCCUCCCAUGCUCUCAAAAAGAAGAUCCUCAGAUUCCGCUCUGGAUCCCUGAAAGUCAUGACUACUGUGUAA